GUUCCUGUUUCGAGCUAUAAGACCGAAAGGUUUUAAGCCGGAAAAGUCAGAGCUGUUUGGUUGUUCUAUUUCGAAGAACCAACUGAAUUGAAGACAACAUGGCAGGACGUUUACUCAGUGCUUUACUGCUUCUAUUGGUUCUGGGAUUAGAUCAGGGAUCCUCUUCUGUUUUAAAUGACCCAGACUGGUUAGGAGACACCUACAGCCCAGCAGACGUGACGGAUGACCUUGUCGAGCUGAAAGACCGGGGCAAGGAGCAGGUGCGAGAUAGCGUGCCAAUCAAUGUCUGUGAACAGAUCAAAGCUGAAUUCAAAGCCGUGGCGAAAAAAUCUAUGGUUGAAGCUAAAAAAGAAAAACUAAGGAGAAAGGCAGCAUCUAGUGCAGGUCUCAGAAAAUUCUUUCAGAUACUACAACAUCUUAAAAGAUCAGUGGUUGACGACGCGAAAGUGCUUAGGUCGUUACAGAACGAAGCUUGUGUCAAAUAUGCCAUACGAGACAUUUGUGCGACGAGGAAGGUUUUGGAUCUUUUAGGAAUACCUCCAAAGGGGAGACUCGCAGAAAAGAUAUGCAGGAAGAAGGUUAUUGAAUGUUUAGAGCACCGACCGUUAAAGGACAUUAAAUGUCCAGAUAAGUCUGAGGAGGAUGCCCGAUUUAGAACGAUUAAUGGAACUUGCAAUAAUGUGCGUUAUCCCUUUUUUGGAGCAGCCCAUACUCCAUUCAGACGAGUACAACCAGCUGAUUAUGAAGAUAUGGUCUCGUCACCUCGUGUGGCACAAAGUGGAGACAAGUUACCCAACGCGAGAAACGUGAGUCGUUUUGUCCAUGGCAGCAAUGCAGACCGCCAAAACCCUGAUUCUCCAAGGCUGACACACUUGGCCAUGAAUUGGGGUCAGUUUAUGGACCAUGACAUAACACUGGCAGAAACUCAAGGAGUUAUUUGUGAAACUGUGCCCUCUAUCGAGCCAGAGUGUUUCAACGUUGAGGUUCCGGCGGAUGAUGAUGUCUUCCAGAGGAGGGAAGUUAAAUUUUUCGAAGUGAUUCGAGAUGCUCCCCAUGAGUUUAAACCAGAGUGUUCUCCAGGACCAAGAGAACACACCAACAUAAUAACAGCUUUCAUCGACGCUUCCAACGUUUACGGCUCUAACGAAGAGGAGGCCGAAGAGCUUCGAGCUCCCGACGGUACAAUGAGAAUUAUGAAACCUACUCACGGCUGCCCUUUGGGUGAUCUCUUACCUGCAGAAACAGAUCCUGAGAUACCAUGCGUAUCAAGAGAUCCUAACAGACCUUGUUUCGUAGCCGGAGACGAACGUGUGAACGAGAAUCAAGGUCUUAUGUCAGUUCAUACUCUGUUCGUCCGGGAACACAACCGAAUAGCAGAAUUUUUUGGUAAAAACACAGAUUGGGAAGCAGAGCAGAUCUACCAGGAGGCCAGGAGAAUCGUUGGGGCGGAAUUACAAGUUAUUACCUACAACGAAUUUCUGCCACUGCUUCUCAGCCCCAAAGCUAUCAGAGACAACAAUCUUGCUCUGCUACAAGGAAGACAGUAUUUCAAUGGUUACAACCCUGGCGUAAAUGCCCAAGUGUCCCAAGCCUUUGCUGUGGCAGCUUACCGAUUUGGCCACAGUUUGGUUCAAGAGGAGUUUCUACGUUUUACUCAAGAGGGUUUUGAACACAAAUGCAGCAAAGAUUCUAUCUCAGAGUACUCUCCCAUCCCAGUACUGGACUUUGGUAAUCCAACCUACCUAUAUGAUAAGUGUAAUGGGGGUGUCGAUUCCAUCUUUAGAGGCCUGGUGAAGAGUCCCGCAGCCAAAGUUGAUGGGCGUUUUUCAAGUUCUGUACAUGAAAACCUGUUUCGAGGCCCCGGUGACUUGUCCGACCUCAUAUCCAUCAACAUCCAAAGAGGACGCGAACGCGGAGUGCCUUCAUACACGACAUAUCGAAACACGUUUUGUAAAAUUACACCAGCAGUGAACAGCUUCGAAGAUCUGAAAAAGGGUGGAAUUGGCCAAAAAGAUAUAAAUAGCUUGAAGUGCCAGUACCAGUCAGUACAGGACAUCGAUCUUUUUGUAGGAGGAAUGUUGGAGCCUGCAGAUUCAGAGGGAGGAGCACUAGGGAAAACUUUUCAGUGUUUAUUAACCGAGCAGUUCAAACGCCUACGAGUGGGUGACCGCUUCUGGCAUGAAAAUGCGCCGAACCGAAAACUGAACACUGAUAAAACAGCUUUCACGCGUUCCCAACUGCAAGAAAUAAGAAAAGUCACACUGGCCAAAGUUAUCUGCGAUAAUUCUGAGAAUAUCCCUUCUAUCUCCCGGAGGGUAUUGCAACAGUCAAAGAUACUCGUCGAUUGUAACAAGCUGCCCGAAAUGGACCUGAAUGUAUUUACACCAGAUUUUAGAUGCCGACGGAAAAGAGCCACGGGUGACGCUCCAGACCUUGAGGAUGAAAAUGACGAAGGAUCGAAUUAGUAACCUGUCCAUGAACAUGGAAUAAUUCAUCGGCUUCUUGGUUCCGUUUCGAGGAUUUGUACUAUAUGGAUUCAGUCUACCGGUGUUUCAUGUUUUAAGCUUGAUUUGCGCAAGAAGUAGAUAGCGGUUUGAAGAGUCAAAAUCUUGAAAUGGAGUAGAAGAAUUUUCGUGGUUAUAGCAUAUUUAGAAAACGUAACGCUUCUGUGUAGCUGGCUGAACUUACCGGGGAUGGCGCCUUAUUUUUUACCAGUUAUAGCCUAAAGAUAUAUUGCCGUUGGUGUAUCUGAGAGGCAUUAAGCUGUCGUUGUUGUUAUUGUUUGUUUCAUGUGUAAUUUCAACAAGGCCAUCUAGGUCAACUAUGUUGGAAGCCUGCUGUAUUUUGCUUUAUUUAUUGGGGUAGUAAACUUUAUUGAUGCAUCAA